AUGAAUUGUGAAGUUAUGAAGAAAACCAGUGUUUACAAGUACAUUGGAGCCUUUAUGUUGGUAUGGCUCUUGUUUGGAAAAGCUAAUUGUUCGGAUAGUGCUAUUAUUAUAUUUCAAGAGCCUGGAUGUCCUACAGGUGGUGUUUCGAUGGUCGAAGGGUGUGGGUGUUUUUCUGUACCCAGCGAUUACCAUGGAGGAUUUAUUUUUAUUUCCCAAGGAAACGAUAUCGCUUUUUAUACUGAUGAUGGGUGUAACGGCGAUCCAGAUACUCGGUUUUCUAACGAUGAAAAAGAAUGCAACCCUUUUGUCUGGAGAAGCUAUUUCAUUUUCUGCUCAUAA